AUGCACUGGACCAAGAACAUCAUCGCCCUCAGAGCUCAGGGUCGAACAAUUCAGAUCUUUGACCUCUCUGCAAAGCAGAAGCUCAAGUCUGCUGUCAUGAAUGAAGACGUUGUUUACUGGAAGUGGUUCAGUGAAAAGAGUCUAGGUUUGGUUACCGAGGCAUCAGUCUACCACUGGGAUGUCUUUGAUCCAACCCAGAACCAGCCUCUCAAGAUCUUUGACAGACUUCCAAACUUGAGUGGCUGCCAAAUUAUCAACUACCGUGUCAACGACGACGAGAAGUGGAUGGUCGUGGUCGGUAUCAGCCAACAGCAGGGACGUGUUGUGGGUUCAAUGCAACUGUAUUCCAAAGAUCGUGGAAUUUCGCAAUUUAUUGAAGGACACGCGGCAGCUUUCGCUUCAAUCAGAGUCGAAGGCUCUCCUUUGGAGCACAAGCUGUUCACCUUCGCUGUUCGUACUCAGACCGGCGCGAAACUGCAGAUCGCCGAGAUCGACCACCAGGAGCCGAACCCGCGCUUCCAGAAGAAGGCUGUGGAAGUGUACUUCCCGCAAGAAGCAGUCAAUGAUUUCCCGGUCGCUAUGCAGGUGUCCAGAAAGUACGACAUCGUUUACCUCGUUACGAAGUAUGGUUUCAUUCAUCUUUACGACCUCGAAACCGGAACCUGCAUCUUCAUGAAUCGUAUCUCUAGCGAAACAAUUUUCACUACAGCCCCCGACUCAGAAUGUGCCGGCCUGGUUGGUGUCAACCGUAAGGGUCAAGUCCUGUCGGUCAGCGUUGACGAGGGAACUAUUAUCCAGUACCUGAUGGAGAAUCCUGCCAUGUCUGGACUUGCGGUGAAGCUCGCCUCCAAGGCUGGCCUUCCUGGAGCGGAUCACCUCUACCAGCAGCAGUUCGACAACCUGCUGGCGCAAGGCAAUUACUCCGAAGCUGCCAAGAUCGCUGCCAACUCUCCCCGAGGCUUCCUCCGGACACCAGAGACCAUCAACCGUUUCAAGAACGCGCCUCAAACUGGCCAGCAGAUGUCUGUAAUCCUACAGUACUUCGGUAUGCUUUUGGACAAGGGAUCCCUGAACAAGUAUGAGAGUGUUGAGCUUGUCCGCCCUGUCCUGCAACAGAACAGGAAGCACUUGCUGGAGAAAUGGAUGCAUGAGAAUAAGCUGGAAGCUUCCGAGGAACUUGGAGACAUCGUGCGACCAUACGACAUGAACAUGGCUUUGUCCAUCUAUCUGCAAGCCAAUGUACCUCACAAGGUCAUUGCCGGGUUUGCCGAGACUGGUCAAUUUGACAAGAUCCUCACCUAUUCGAAGCAAGUUGGAUACCAGCCCGAUUACACUCAACUUCUGCAGCACAUUGUCCGUGUAAAUCCCGAGAAGGGUGCCGAAUUCGCGGCCCAGCUCGCCAACGAGGAAAGCGGCGCACUCAUUGACCUCGACCGCGUUGUGGACGUGUUCCUGUCGCAGAACAUGAUUCAGCAGGCAACGUCGUUUUUGCUCGAUGCCCUCAAGGACAACAAGCCGGAGCAUGGCCACCUGCAGACACGGUUGCUUGAGAUGAACCUGGUCAACGCUCCCCAGGUUGCAGAUGCUAUCCUUGGUAACGAGAUCUUCACCCACUAUGAUCGUCCCAGAAUCUCCCAGCUCUGCGAGAAUGCCGGCCUCAUUCAGCGUGCUUUGGAAAACACCGAUGACCCUGCGGUAAUUAAGCGCAACAUUGUUCGUACCGACAAGUUGAACCCUGAAUGGCUCAUGAACUACUUUGGCCGCCUUUCCGUGGAGCAGACUCUUGACUGCAUGGACACCAUGUUGGAAGUGAACAUUCGCCAGAACUUGCAGGCUGUUGUUCAACUUGCGACCAAGUUCUCGGAUCUCCUCGGGCCUGGUCAACUCAUCAGCCUUUUCGAGAAGUACCGCACCGCUGAGGGUCUCUACUACUAUCUCGGAAGCAUCGUCAACCUUAGUGAGGACCCCGAGGUUCAUUUCAAGUACAUCGAGGCUGCUACGGCCAUGGGCCAGCUUACCGAGGUCGAGCGCAUCUGUCGCGAGAGCAACUAUUACAACCCAGAGAAGGUCAAGAAUUUCCUGAAAGAAGCCAAGUUGACCGAGCAGCUUCCUCUCAUCAUCGUCUGCGACCGUUUCAACUUCAUCCACGAUUUGGUUCUCUACCUAUACCAGAACCAGCAAUACAAAUCCAUCGAGGUCUAUGUGCAGCGUGUCAACCCUUCUCGUACUCCAGCCGUCGUUGGAGGCUUGUUGGAUGUUGACUGUGAUGAAGCUAUUAUCAAGAACCUUCUGUCUACCGUCGAGCCCUCUGUCGUCCCCAUUGACGAGCUCGUCUCUGAGGUUGAGACUCGAAAUAGGUUGAAGCUGCUCUUGCCCUUCCUUGAAGCCACUCUGGCGACUGGCAAUCAGCAACAGGCCGUUUACAAUGCUCUUGCCAAGAUUUACAUCGACAGCAACAAUAACCCCGAGAAGUUCCUCAAGGAGAACGACCUGUAUGACACAUUGACCGUCGGUAAAUACUGCGAGAAGCGUGAUCCGAACCUGGCCUACAUUGCCUACAGGAAGGGACAGAAUGACCUAGAACUCAUCAACAUCACCAAUGAGAACGCCAUGUACCGGGCCCAAGCUCGUUACCUUGUUGAGCGUGCUGAUCCCGAGAUUUGGUCGUUCGUCCUGAGCGAGAAUAACAUGCACCGCCGUUCUCUUGUCGACCAGGUCAUCGCAACGGCAGUUCCUGAAUCGACUGAGCCCGACAAGGUUUCCGUUGCCGUCAAGGCGUUCCUUGAGGCCGACCUUCCUGGCGAGCUUAUCGAGCUCCUGGAGAAGAUCAUCCUCGAGCCCUCGCCCUUCAGCGACAAUGGUAGCUUGCAGAACCUUCUGAUGCUGACGGCAGCUAAGGCUGACAAGGGACGUCUGAUGGAUUACAUUCAUCAGCUCUCUGAGUUCAGCGCUGACGAGAUCGCUGAGAUGUGUAUCUCCGUCGGGCUGUACGAGGAAGCGUUCGAGAUCUAUAAGAAGGUCAACAACUACAUUGCUGCCGUCAAUGUUCUUGUGGAGAACAUUGUCAGCAUUGACCGUGCUCAAGAGUUUGCCGAGCGCGUUGAGUUGCCGGAUGUGUGGAGCAAGGUUGCAAAGGCCCAGCUUGACGGUCUUCGUGUGUCUGACUCGAUCGAAUCUUACAUCCGUGCCAAUGAUCCCUCGAAUUACCAGGAGGUCAUUGAGACUGCCACUCAUGCCGGCAAAGACGAGGACCUUGUCAAAUAUCUCAAGAUGGCUCGUAAGACAUUGCGGGAGCCAGCCAUUGACACCGCCCUUGCUUUCUGCUAUGCCCGUCUUGACCAGCUACCGGAGCUCGAGGACUUCCUUCGUACCACCAACGUGGCCGAUAUCGAAACGUCCGGUGACAAGGCCUAUGCCGAAGGCUACCACCAGGCAGCCAAGAUCUUCUACACGAGCAUCUCCAACUGGGCCAAGCUGGCUACCACCCUGGUGCACUUGGAAGAUUACCAGGCUGCAGUCGAGUGUGCACGCAAGGCCAACAGCGUCAAGGUUUGGAAGGAAGUCCACCAGGCCUGUGUUGACAAGAAGGAGUUCCGUCUCGCCCAGAUUUGCGGUCUCAACCUGAUUGUUCAUGCCGAGGAGCUGCAGGACCUUGUGCGCCAAUACGAGCGCAAUGGCUACUUCGACGAGUUGAUCAGUGUGCUCGAAGCCGGUCUGGGUCUGGAGAGGGCCCACAUGGGCAUGUUCACCGAGCUUGGCAUUGCUCUGUCCAAGUAUCACCCUGACCGGGUCAUGGAGCACCUCAAGCUCUUCUGGUCCCGCAUCAACAUCCCCAAGAUGAUCCGCGCCUGUGAGGAAGCGAAUCUCUGGCCAGAGCUAGUAUUCUUGUAUUGUCACUACGACGAGUGGGACAACGCCGCUCUGGCGAUGAUGGAGCGUGCCGCGGAUGCCUGGGAACACCAUUCAUUCAAGGAUAUCAUUGUUAAGGUUGCCAAUCUGGAAAUCUAUUAUCGUGCUCUGAACUUCUACCUGCAGGAGCAGCCUUUGCUCCUUACAGAUCUACUCCAGGUCCUGACCCCUCGCAUCGACGUGAACCGUGUUGUACGCAUUUUCCAGAGCUCGGACAACAUCCCUCUAAUCAAGCCAUUCCUGUUGAACGUCCAGACUCAGAACAAGAGGGCCGUCAAUGAUGCCAUCAACGACCUCUUGAUUGAGGAGGAGGAUUACAAGACUCUGCGCGACUCGGUAGACAACUAUGACAACUUUGAUGCGGUGCAGCUGGCCCAGCGUCUCGAGAAGCAUGACCUCAUCUUCUUCCGGCAGAUUGCGGCGAACAUCUACCGUAACAACAAGCGCUGGGAGAAGUCGAUUGCACUUUCCAAGCAGGACAAGCUAUACAAGGAUGCCAUUGAGACCGCGGCGAUUUCUGGCAAGUCGGACGUGGUUGAGGAGCUUCUUCGCUACUUUGUCGACAUCGGCAGCCGAGAGUGCUACGUGGGCAUGCUGUACGCCUGCUACGAUCUCAUCCGCCCCGAUGUCAUCCUGGAGAUGUCGUGGCGCCAUGGUCUUCAUGAUUUCACCAUGCCCUUCAUGAUCAACUUCCUCUGCGAGCAAACACGUACGAUUGAGAUGCUUAAGAAGGACAAUGAAGAACGCAAGGCGCGGGAAGUGUCGCAUAAGAAGGAGGAAGACAACACACCAAUCCUGGGCGGCUCACGGCUCAUGCUGACGCAAGGACCGGCGACGCCUGCACCUGCGCCGAUGGUGUACGGACAGGCGAAUGGCAUCACGCCCCAAGCCACUGGCUUCCGUCCGUUCUAG